AUGGGCCUACUUGAUGUGGGCUUUUCUAGCUCUCCUCAACUCUUUCCAUAUCUUUCCAAAGGUCUUAGACACUUGGUUUUACAUGUAUGCAUUUCUUUUCCUCGGAGCCUAUGGAAAAGAUUUUCUCGACUUCAUGUUAGCAGGAGGAACAGCCCAAAGGUGGUGGAACAAUCAGAGAAUGUGGAUGGUUGGGGACUUUCAAGUUUUCCAUUUGGGUUAGUAGAAUGCUUACUCAAGUACCUUGGCUCAUCAACGUUUGUAUUCAACGUCACAAGCAAGGAGGUUGAGAAUGAACAAAACAAGCAAUACGAACAACGGAUUUUCGAGUUCAGAGUCACGUCCCCUGUGUUCUUGCCCAUUACAACAGCUGCGAUAAUCAAUUUGAUCUCUUUUUUUCGAGGCAUCGUACAGGUCUGGAGGUUUGCAAGCUUUGAAAAACAGUUUAGGCAGAUGUUCCUUGCCGGUUUUGUGGUGUUAAAUAGCUGGCCAGUGUAUGAAGGCUUAGUCUUGAUAACUGAUAAGGGAAAGAUGCCUAUGAAGGUCAAAAUUGACAUCAAUGACUCUUGCUAG